AUGGAGUCUGGAUCGAAGAGUAAUCGCAAUCAAUUGCGCAGAGGUCUUUGUCACUCAAAUGAUGUGAAGCGAAAGGGAGCUGCUUCACCUUCAGUUAUUGUGAUUGGUGGUGGCAUGUCUGGACUUGCUGCUGCUCGUGCUCUACAUGAUGCCUCGUUUCAGGUUGUUGUGUUGGAAUCACGGGACAGACUUGGUGGACGAGUUCACACCGACUUCACAUUUGGUUUCCCUAUUGACCUGGGUGCAUCAUGGUUGCAUGGGGUCUGCAAUGAGAACCCUUUGGCUCCGCUGAUUGGGAGAUUGGGGCUGCCAUUGUAUCGGACUAGCGGUGAUAAUUCCGUGUUGUAUGACCAUGAUUUGGAAAGUUAUGCACUCUUCGACAUGGAGGGGAAUCAAGUUCCCCAAGAAUUGGUCACCGGGGUAGGGGAAGCAUUUGAGAAGAUCUUAGAAGAGACUAACAAAGUAAGAGAGGAACACAAGGAAGACAUGUCUAUACAACAAGCUUUUUCUAUUGUUUUCGAAAGAAGACCAGACCUAAGGUUGGAUGGUGUGUCCCAUAAGGUUCUUCAGUGGUACCUUUGCAGAAUGGAAGGUUGGUUUGCUGCAGAUGCAGAGACCAUCUCACUUCAGUGCUGGGACCAAGAAGAACUGCUCCCCGGUGGACAUGGGCUCAUGGUUAGAGGUUAUGUUCCAGUGAUAAACACUCUUGCCAAGGGGCUUGACAUCCGUUUGGGCCAUAGGGUACGAAACAUCACAAGACGUCAUAAUGGUGUGAAAGUCACAACAGAAAAUGGGAGGACAUUUGUGGCAGAUGCUGCUGUGGUUGCUGUGCCUCUUGGGGUGCUGAAAUCGAAGUUGUUAACCUUUGAACCAAAACUACCAGAUUGGAAGGAGAAUGCGAUUAAUGACCUUGGAGUGGGAAUCGAGAACAAGAUUGCCUUGCACUUCGACAAGGUGUUCUGGCCGAAUGUGGAGUUCCUAGGGGUUGUGGCAGAGACAUCUUAUGGCUGCAGCUACUUUCUAAACCUUCACAAGGCUACUGGUCACCCUGUGCUUGUGUACAUGCCAGCUGGGCAGCUUGCUAGGGACAUUGAGAAAAUGUCUGAUGAAGCUGCUGCUAAUUUCGCGUUUUUGCAACUCAAGAGGAUCCUUCCUGAUGCCUCUACCCCGAUUCAACACCUGGUUUCUCAUUGGGGAUCGGACAUAAACUCGCUUGGUUCCUACAGCUAUGAUUUAGUGGGGAAGCCGCAUGAUCUGUAUGAAAAGCUGCAAGCGGCAGUAGAUAACCUAUUAUUCUUUGCAGGGGAGGCAACUAGCUUGAGCUUCCCAGGGUCGGUGCACGGUGCCUUCUCCACUGGGCUUAUGGCAGCGGAAGAAUGCAGGAUGCGGGUCUUGGAGCGUUACGGAGAGGUAGGCCAGCCUGUUGAGGAUGCAUCGGCACAGAUUCCCAUCCUUAUUACGCGUCUGUGA